UGACAGUUAACAGCUAACAUCAUGAUGUAGAACUGGAGGCGUGAAGUAGUAGCGUUAGCUUUCAGGUCCCGCCCCGGGGAGUUGUUGAUUUCUUCUUUUGAAAUGUGUGCCACUCUACACGUUUAUCUGUCAUUUUAUCCGCCUCUCAAUAGAGCCCAUCACUACUAUAACGAGCGGCUGCAAAGGAAAUCUUUGGACUAGUUGAGAAGACGAUAGUAUCAGGAUGACGCUGCCCGCUCCAAGAGAGAAAUCAUCAGAGUGAAGGAGCAGAUCGAGCAGUCAACCGGUUAAAAACCCCGAGUCACCUUUUCACAGCAGAAACCCAGCCAGUCUUUGAGGAACUGCACUAUGACAGAGAUUUGUGUUCUGGAGGAAAUAGAAAUCAAAGAGCACGCACAGGUCAAAGAGGAGCUGGUGGAUCGGUGCAUCAGUCCAGGCAAGGAGGCCGAUACUUCCAAUGAUGAUGAAGUCAGAGAUAUUAUAUCAGAACUAGCCACUAACUGUGAGCAGCUCCCAUCUUCCACGGCUGUAACUAAACCCAGCCAGUCUUUGAGGAACUGCACUAUGACAGAGAUUUGUGUUCUGGAGGAAAUAGAAAUCCAAGAGCACGCACAGGUCAAAGAGGAGCUGGUGGAUCGGUGCAUCAGUCCAGGCAAGGAGGCCGAUACUUCCAAUGAUGAUGAAGUCAGAGAUAUUAUAUCAGAACUAGCCACUAACUGUGAGCAGCUCCCAUCUUCCACGGCUGUAACUGUGAGUACAAAUGAAAGCAUAGAUGAUGAAUGCAAUGAAGGAGAUGAUUCAUCAUCACCUGGUCAGAGUCAUGGCAUCGAAGUCUUUGUGGAACUAGAACAGCCUUCAAGGGGAGAUAAAUCUUGCCGUUUUUGUGGUAAAAAUUUUAGGAAGGACUCUUAUCUUAUAAGGCAUGUAGCCAAGAGCCACAAAAGGCACAAGGCCUUUAAAUGUCUGGAGUGCAAAAAGGAGUUUGAACAAAGGUCCCACCUCAUUCAGCAUACAAGAGUUCACACUGGUGAAAAACCCUUUAGUUGUGAUUUCUGUGACAAAACAUUUACUCAGAACUCGAGUCGUCUUGUUCACAUGAGGGUGCAUACAGGAGAGAAGCCGUAUUUUUGUAAUAACUGUGGGAGAAGUUUUGCCACAAGCAAGCAUUUAAGGUUUUGCAAAAUGCAAAAUGAAGGCAAAGUCCCAACAGGAAAGAGGAAUGUAGAUGAGGAUCACAAAGAGGAGAAGGCCUUUAAAUGCUCAGAAUGCAACAAGGAGUUUAAGCGUCAGGACCACCUCGUUCUGCACAUGAGAGUGCACACUGGUGAGAAACCCUACAGUUGUGACUUCUGUGGCAAAACAUUUUCUCAGAAUUCAAGUCGUACUGUUCAUAUGAGGGUGCAUACUGGAGAGAGACCGUAUCUUUGUAAGAAAUGUGGCAAGAGUUUUACCUAUAGCAAGCAUGGUAAAUUCUGCACAGGCGUACAAAACAAGGGCAAAAGCAAGUCCAUUCGCUGCACAACAUGCGGCAAAACCUUUUACACAGAUUCAGACCUGGAGGUGCAUAUGGAAGUUCACGAGUCGUGGAAACGACACAUCACUGAGAAAACACAAGAACCGGAAAUAGAAGAGAAAAAACUUAAUGUGUGAGAGAACAUCAGGGUCCUUAAGACCCCAGACACUUUUUUUCACACUGCAUUGUAGUAUUUAGAAAUGGAUGUUUAAGCUACUCUCACACAAGCAAUAUCUUUGUACAUUCAAUGAAAUGUUUAGACUUUGUAUGUUUGUUUUAAUCGUAACUGAAUAAGAAACUGCAUUGAGCAGUUUCUGUGGAUAUGACUUGGGCCAUGGCAGUUAUGACUGCCUCAACUAAUGGCCUACACUUCACCCUCCCACCAUCCAGUUAUUGUUCACAUGUAAGUUUAUGUCUUCUGUAGUUGGAUGUAAAUUUAAUGAAUUUUUUCCACAUAAAAAGCAAAGUGAUUAUCUGCACCCUUUAGGUUCAUUCCUUCUGUUUUUUGGACUUGGUAGUAACUUUAUUACAUACUUCCUUUAGUGCCUUUCUUGGAUAAUAAGUUCAGAACCUCUCUUGAAAGUUGUUCAAGGAAAAACAAUGUUUUAGAGGUUUUUCAGUUUUUCCUCUUACAUGGAGAGUUUGGGUUGGGUCAGUAACCUUUACUGAUAUAGGCCUGAAAAGUCCAUUGAAUUACAUGUGUUAUUGGACUAUGUAAAUAAAUGUAUUACACAUUGCAAACAAUAAACUUGGAAGGAAACCAAGCUGUAUUUCGACUGUGCUCAUUCAAACUUUAUUUAUAGUCUAUGAUGAUGAUGUUCUUGAUCUGAUGUUUUUGGUAAAUAGAAAUACAACUUCCAUGUUUCUUCAUAGUUUGUCUUUAUAAGAUAAAGGGUAAGACAAGUCAUUUUUUCUUCAAGGCUUAGAUGUUAAUCUGAUGUAUUUUUCCUCACAAAAAAGCAGUGUCCAACAUCCUUCAGGUAUGUAAAUAAAUGUAUUGCACAUUGAAAACAAACUUUGAAGGAAACCAAGCUGAACUCACACUGCUCAUUCAAACAUGUUUUUUGUAAAUAAAAAUAAAACUU